CUAAAAAUAAGUCCGCGACAUGAAGCCAGUAUCAAUUAUAAGCGAGAUUACCGUGUGGAACCACGUACCCGGUAACUUUCCUAGAAAGCCCACUAGUCGUUUGGAAUGACCACAGUGUAUGAACGAAACUAUAGUUUUAAACAUUUUCCGGAAACUGUGCCUUUGUGAAGCGACAAUCACGUACUUUCGAUUUGAGUUCGACGUUUUAUUCUGAACGAAAUUUGACAUCUUUAGUAACACUUGGAAACAAUGAGUCAGCCUUCAAAUCAAACACGGUGGGAAAAUUUCCUAUCAGAGCUGAAGCCACUUGUUGGCCGAAGAUCAAGAGGUGAACAGAUAGAAAAGGAUACGCUCGUUGGGCCAGCCUCUAUCUCUUGGAAAUUUGUAACCAGCUUAAGCCAAUCGUUCGAAAUAGAUAAGGACACACAGGGCUUACAGUGUAAUAAAUAUAGCAGAAAGGUUGGAACAUAUACGUCCGCUAACCAGCAGGAGGGUAAUACAGAACGCGAGACGUCCACGGUAUAUACCCAUUCCAGUGAAGUGGAACCCAGUUGGAGUUCUCCAUUAAAGGCAGCUGAACCAAACUCAAAGCCUGGUAAUUAUAGCAGAAUGGUUGAAACAUCUACGUCCGCUAACCAGCAGGAGGGCAAUACAGAACAUGAGGCGUCCACAGCAUAUUAUAUUCAUUCCAGUCAGGUGGAAUCCAAUUGGAGUUCUCCAUUAAAGGCAGCUGAACCAAAAUCAAAGCCCAUGCGGCGACCGUUAUUCCAAAUAGACGACCGAGCAACAAGCGUCAGUAAGUGGGAUUUAAGUAUGUUGAGUAAAUAUAUUGAGUUUGAGGAUGUGGAAAAGCUGAAUGUCAACAUUGAUGAGGUAGACCAGUCAGAAGAAAUGGAAAACAUCAUUCAGGGAACCCUGAACAUGUUGCAAACUUCUAGCAUGAAGCCUAAACUCGGCGAUGUGCUGCACAAAGAAGAAAAUGUCAGGAUGUUCCUGACGGCCAUACUCCAAAAGGUAUGCAUGGAACGUAAAUUUGGUUUUAGAACAGAGGAACAAAUUAACUUCAAAUACAUGCCAACUUGUAAGUUCGACUAUUUGUUUCGCACACGUGAAGGAAAGCCGAUCGGAUGCAUGGAAGCAAAGACGUGUUCUAGUAUGAACAGCAAAGCCUUCGCCCAGGCAACCAUCCAGCUCCUGGUUCUACAGCAACUUGCUUGCAAGCACGACGUUGACAUUUCGACUGUUCCCGUGUUCAACAUUCUUACCGAUGGUCAGAGAUUCGUGCUGAUGCAAGUCAUGGGAGAUAAGAUGUAUCUGGAGCACGUGUCGAAAAACGGAGAGGAAGUACUGAAAAUCCGCACCACUCAAGUGAUGGAAUCAUUACUGAAAAUCGUGGAAAUGACUCUAAGUGUACUUCCUGAAAAGUAGUUGCUGUGGCUGUUUCACUUCGUGCGACACUGGUAUUAGCUUGUUUAUGGGUGUACAACUAAUAUACUUUGAGAGAUAUUGUUGCUUUUUUUUUCUUUUUUUUUGUAAAUAUAACACAUAAAUGCUUUGUCGCUUUGGUUUUAAUUAAUAUACUGUAUAUUCAUGUAUUUUAUUUUUCACUUUGAGGUAUAUUGGUAUUAGCUUUUUUUAUGAAUGUACAGUAGAAUGCUUAACUAUAUGUCAUGUUUGAUGUUGUAGGUUAAAGAUAAUUACUGUUCAUACUGUUCAAAAACAUCCAUUGGAAGCUUACUGGUUACGGGUCAGCAUAUAUGACUACGUGUAUCUGUCGGUACAGCGAUGAGGUAUACGUACAUGGGUCAUUAUCAGAUAAAGUCCCAAAUUGAUGUCAGCUUUUAGGAGCUAAUUGGUUUUCAAUAAUACUUGCAAUAUUCUCAUGUUUUGUAACUAAAUAGUAACUUACAAUAUUAAGUCAUUAUUCUACCCAAGAUAGGUUCGCUGAUUAUGAAUGUUGUUUAUGCUAAUGCUAUGUUAUGGUAUGGGUAGAUCAUUAACAAAUAAUCACAAAUUACAAAUUACUGUGGUGGUCCUACAAUGUUGAUUAUACAUUUAGGGUCCACUGAUAAUUAAUGGGAAAUGUAAUGACCUCUGCAGAGCAGUAGACAGAGAUUUGCACACAAUUCAACACUUGUUCGGUUUGGUCGAAUAUUUCACCCAGAUUAUUUUGGUACGGUGCUAAAAUAUAAAAGCAAUUGAGAACAAACGGUUAAGAGUCAAUAGAAAGGGGUGGGGAAUUGUUACGAAUUCUGAAUUACACGGAAAAAAUAUUUCUCAUUCAGAAAUCACUUUCAAUUGUCAGAGAAUAUUUAGAUUUGAUGGCACUCAUCUUUCCGAAAUUGGUUCAGAUAUUUUGAUACAUAAUUUACAGGGUAUCAUUGAACAAUUUCUUGAAAAGGAAGAAAUGAUAAUUUGUGAAUAAUUAAAUAUGUUAUAGUCCAGAAUUGGUGCAGUAAGUAUUGACUUACUAUGUGGCAGAAUUCUGGAUGUACAUGUGUUUACUAUAAGUAUUUAUUAAACCUGUUUGGUUAACCAAAGGGAUUUGAGUUUAUUGUGUUUGCCAAAAUAUUUACAUAAAUACGAUGUGCAUUUCCAAUGGGUCAUAAUAUUUGUUUGCCUGGUUUUCAUAGGGGACAGGGUUUUGGCUACUUUGUCCUUUCACCAAGCUGGUGGGCAUGUAACAUUUGUUGUGGUCAUUGCCUCCAUGCUGGAGCAAGUUUCGUUGUUUAAUGGAUAUGCCAUAUAUAUCUAUAUGUAUAUAAAUAUAUGUGUAAAAAUUAUAAAUAUUAGGAAGAACUGAACAUUGUCAUAAAAUAACUCAAAACUACCAAAUAAAAUAAUAGUUUGUC